UAUUGAUCAGUAUUGAACGGUAUUGAACAGUAUUGAUCAGUAUUGAACAGUAUUUACAAUAUUUCACGGUAUUUCACAGUGUUUAAUGCUGGGCUGUGUUUAACUGCAAUGCUUCCACCAGGGCUGAACUGGAUCCCCUCGAGGGCCACAAGCAAUGUCCUGGCAGGAUCUGGCAGUGUCCUGGCAGGAUGUUCUGCCCCCCGUUUCCUCUCCUGAGCAGCAAUUCAAGCCAUGCACAUUGAUAUUUCCUCUCAGAUUUAGGCACUGCAGACACCUCACAUCCCCUGCCUGUGCUUUGUGCACCUCUUUCCCUUUGCGGACAAGGGAAAUCAUCAAUAAAACCCUGAGCAAUCCUGGGAGCCGGCAGCACUGGAAUCCUCCUCACCCCCGUGCCAGCCCCCGCUGGCUCCGGUUGUUCUCCUGGAUUUUCACCUGUUGGGGUUUUGUUCCCUCCUCUUUCCGCGGCUGCUCAGGGAUCCACCGAGGAGGAGCAGCACAUGACGAAAGGCACCUCCUUAAUCGAGAGCCAACACCACCAUCUGCUGCACUGCCUGGAAAAAACAACGGGAUUGUCCUAUCUUGUGGAUGAUCCCCUGUUAUCUGUACGAACUUCCACCAUCAAGAACCACGAGUUCAUCGACGAGCAGCUGUUCGAGCAGAACUGCAUGGAGAGCUCCCUGCAGAACUACCCCUCGUCCCGCAGCCCGUCCGUGUCCAGCCAGGCGGGGCUGGGCGCGUCCUGCUGCUCGCGGCGGCACAAGCGGAGCGCGGCGCUGCCCAACUGCAGCGUGCCCGCCACCCGGCUGCGGAGCAUGCAGGAGCUGAGCACCAUCCACAUCCCGGGCAGCGAGCAGCCCUCCCUCACCGCCAGCCGCUCCAGCCUCAACAUGAAGUCGGACGACGGGCUGCGGCCGAACUGCAAGGCCGGGCAGAUCACCACGGCCAUCAUCAGCAUCCCCACGCC